ACCGUGCGCACGCACGCACGCACGCACACCCCGAAAAAAAACGACAUUGUGCGAUCAAAUCACGCAAGCAGGUUUUGAUUGAAUGCUGCGCCGCGCUAAAAUCGCCCAUCGCCCAUCGCCUCACCGCUUCUCUCUCAUUUCCCCUCCCCCUUCCCUUUCUCGCCCAUCGCCCAUCGCCCCCAGCAUCCGGCCUGUCAUCUCGCGCCACAUCGUCUGCGCAGAAUGGUGUACGCUUCCUUCAAGAUGGCGACAGUCGGUGCCGGUGCCAGUGCCAGUGCCAGUGCCAGUGCCUGCAACGCGGCUUUGGCUUCUUGUGCUCUGGGCACCUCAUCACCGCCUUCUGGUGCUGGUGCUGGUGCUGCUGCAGAGUUGGCUGACCGCCCGGCGAUAAUGGUCGUUCCCCCUCCUCAUGCACCUGUGCUAUGCGUGAUCAAGAGUCGGUGUGUGAGUAAGUUCGUGGACCAGAGCACACUCUGGACUCACACUCACGACGACGGUUGUGCAAUCGAGAUCGAGCAGCAGACCGGUCACGAGGGAGGUGUAGGCGACGUCACAUGCAACUUCAGCAAUGCCAUGCAACCAAUCGUCCAUCGUUCACGCACACGAGCCCGAACAAUCGUGAAUCGAAUUGGUAUUUUGGACGCUGGCCAAUCGCUAUGCAACAGCAGCUUGAGCCCGGAGACCUCAGCUAGAGUACCAAUGUGAAUGACGCAUGUCGACGUACUGCACCAGAAGUUCGGGUUUGGGGAUCGAUGACCAAGGAGAGGGGAAGAAUGGUGAUGCAUGUGACACCGCAACUGCUGCUGCUGCUGCUGCCUGCAUGCCCCGCCUCACUCUCCACCACCUCUUCGCCCUUCACAUUCACCGUCGUCUCGACUUGAGCUGAAAGUGUCAUAUGGAUAGACU